UCAAUUAAUUCAGCAGUGUCUGAAUAAAGAAUUGGUUAACGUCGCGCAUACAAUUUCUUUAGGUUGUUGCAGAGAAUAUCGAGUGGUGACUAUAAGUCGUUUGUCCGCAUUCAAGAUGGAUAUUUAUGCGUGAAAACGAUGCAUGUCGUAUCAAUUGACAAAGGACAGAUUGAUAAAAGGACUACGUCAGUAAUCGAGCUACAUGGCCGACAAAAGCUGCCAGGGUAGGACUGAGAUCAGUGGUGGUGGUGGUGGUGGUGGUAGUAGUGGCAACAACAGAGUCAGUGCACCAACAACAGACGAAGACAGUAACAGAAGACAGUUCCCUGCGUCUGCGCGACGGAAAAAGUUAACGCGUCCACCGAGGCUGGAAAGCGUUUCAGAAAGCGAUGUAAGCGUCGGUGCCAACGACUCUCCCCAUGGUUCGGAAUUUGGAGUAAGAUCAUAUCUACAUAAUUUCUACGAAAAUCCGAAAGGAUACCAAAGUUGCUCGGGAUACCGACGAUUCGGUAGAGAAAGCCUUAGAAGAAAACGGUGCAGAUGUGGAAUAUGGUGGUGGAAAGCGUGUGCGUGGGUCGGGUUCAACCUACUUAUACUCUCGGUAAUCAUAAGCUUGAUAGGGUAUUUAGUAAAUCCCAGAAAAGAGAUUCAAGAUGUCCAGAAUAAUAUUGAUAUUGUCGACGAAGAUGCAAUUCAAUUUAAUGAACGAUUAAACACAGCGAAGUUGGUUGGUCUUGUUUUGUUAUGCGUUGGAGGCGUCCUUUUGGCUGUGUCACUUUUGAUUCCGAGUUUUUCAAGUCGAAUUGACGAUGACGGAUUUGGUGAACUGUCAUUUUUUGCUGAUUCUAGUUUCCCACCUUACAUGCCGGUUGCUACGGAACAAGAAAGCCUUGACGAGGGAAUUCCUUAUACGUCAGAAUUAACGAGUGUUCAGCCAAUGAGAGACAAGCAAGAGGGAGUGAUUGCUGGGAAAGAUGUUCAGGUUUUGACAAGUUAAUCUUUUUCUGGCGAUCACUUGACGAACUUUUUCUCACCAGCAAUGAGAGCGAUGGCAAAUACCAUGUGAUGAGAACAUUGCAUAAUAAGGACUGAUUUGCUUAGAAACCACCCCCCCCCCCACCUUCCAAAAGUUCUCCAGAUUACAGGUCACUGAUCUACAUUGACUUAGUUUCUACAUUGCAAUUGUAGGUGACACCAACAGAACCGUUUUUUUUUGUUUUUUUGUUUUUUUAUAUAUAAGCAAAGUAUAUUUUAACCCCAAAUAUAGGUAUAAAAAAAACCCCUUCAGAUAUUUUGCUACAACUGUAAUUUUUCCAAGCAUGGUAAUUGAAAAUUCAACUCAUGUUUUUUGUUGAAAUUUUCUUCACUGCCAUCAUGUUCAUCGUGUGAAAUCGUCAAUAAAAUCAUCUAUUCUUAGAAAGAAAA